AUGUCUACCGCCGCUCGUCGCCGUCUCAUGCGAGACUUCAAGCGCAUGCAGACCGACCCCCCCGCCGGCGUCUCUGCUUCACCUGUACCAGACAAUGUCAUGACCUGGAACGCCGUCAUCAUCGGCCCCGCAGACACUCCCUUUGAAGAUGGCACCUUUCGACUUGUGAUGCAGUUCGAAGAGCAAUAUCCCAACAAGCCUCCCCAAGUCAAGUUCAUCAGCCAGAUGUUCCACCCUAACGUCUACGCUACUGGAGAGCUUUGUCUCGACAUUCUACAAAACCGAUGGAGCCCUACGUACGAUGUCGCCGCUGUCUUGACCAGUAUUCAAAGUUUACUUAACGACCCUAACACUGGUUCACCUGCAAACGUCGAAGCUUCCAACCUAUACAAGGACAACCGAAAGGAAUACACCAAGCGUGUCAGAGAGACAGUGGAGAAGAGCUGGGAAGACUGA